AUUUUUAACACUUUGGCUGGAUCCAAAGCGAUCCAAAAUGGUCUUUGGGUUUCUUCAGCUGGAUCUAAGGUGCAAGAUCUUUGGAUUUCUUCGGCUGGAUCUAAGGUGCAAGGUUUUUGGGUUUCUUCGGCUGGAUCCAAGGUGCAAG